AUGUCUACUAUCAAACCUCACCAUUUCAGACAAUUUAUUAAAAACUGCAAGGGCUUUGAUAAAGUUCUAACCAAUCUUAUUUUUCUGGAAGCUGAAAAUGGUGGCUGUUCAGCUGAAUUAAAAAUCGACGAAAAUCACAUUAAUCCACUGGGAACUCUUCAUGGAGGAUUAUCUGCUACAUUAGUGGAUGUUGUUUCCAGUUUAGGCUUAACUACUCAUAAUGCUGCGGAAUAUGGACAUGUUUCUAUUGAUAUGCAUCUAACAUAUUACAAAAGCGCAUCUAUUGGAGAGGAAAUUCAUAUUGUUUCAAAUUUGGCAAAAAUCGGAAAGAAACUGGCUUUUCUGGAAGUUGACAUCAAAAAUAAGGAGAGUCAAGAAGUGCUUGUUAGAGGAACUCAUGUCAAAUUUUUGUUAGGUGGAUAA